CAGGGCCCUGGCUGCCUCUCCCAGACCCCACCCCCGGGGCCACCUGUUGACCGCCAGCUGGCUGGGCUCGGGCUCCGCCUGCUGGGCGCGCUGCGCAGCGACAGCGGAAACCCUGGCCCGGGGGCUCGGGUCCCAAAGAUGCCAGACCUUCCGCAGCGGCGGGGUCUCCAGGGAGCGCUGCCUGUGGGAACGUAACCUAAGGAUGGAUUUGGCCCACGCCCUCAGAGCAGGAAGCCGGGUGAUGCUUCUGGGAGACUCGGGCGUCGGGAAAACCUGUUUCCUGAUCCAAUUCAAAGACGGGGCCUUCCUGUCCGGGACCUUCCUAGCCACCGUCGGCAUAGACUUCAGGAACAAGGUGGUGACGGUGGACGGUGUGAGGGUGAAGCUGCAGAUCUGGGACACCGCGGGGCAGGAGCGGUUCCGCAGUGUCACCCACGCAUAUUAUCGAGACGCCCAAGCCCUGCUCCUGCUGUAUGACAUCACCAACAAGUCCUCCUUCGACAACAUCCGGGCCUGGCUCACUGAGAUCCACGAGUACGCCCAGAGGGAUGUGGUGAUCAUGCUGCUAGGCAACAAGGCAGACGUGAGCAGUGGAAGGGUGAUACGUUCGGAGGACGGAGAGAUGCUGGCCAGGGAGUACGGGGUUCCCUUCAUGGAGACCAGCGCCAAGACGGGCAUGAAUGUGGAGUUAGCCUUCCUGGCCAUUGCCAAGGAGCUGAAGCACAGAGCCCGGCAGCAGGCCGGUGAACCCAGCUUCCAGAUCCGAGACUACGUCGAGUCCCAGAAGAAGCGGCCCAGCUGUUGCUCCUUCUUGUGACUCCCAAGGGGGCUCAAAGAAGGCUCCAGAGGCCCGCGAGAAGGCAGCCUGCCCCCCAGACCCGGCCGAUUCUGAGAGACUGAGCCAAUGGGGGAAGAGUUGGGGGACCCAGGGCACAGCCCCUCCCCAAUGGGGGGCUAUACUCCACCCCUACCCUUGUUCCUGUAGCUUCCCUGUAUUCCCAGGGAGGGUAAAAUAUUUAUAUUUCACUUUAGUGAUACACAAUAUAACACACGAAAGAACAGCACCAGAAAACCAAGGUGGGGUCCUGGGGGCCCUUUGCCUUCUAGUAUAUGCGAGGACUCGCGGGCCGGGCCUCCCUCCUACCCGGGCUGAGGGCAAUACCGCUCCAGUUCACUACCAGGGAACGUGUACUUCUGGGGCGUGAGGGCAGGCAGUGACUCGGGUCCCACUCUCCCUUCAGCUGGAGAAAGGCUAAGCAGACCCCCCACCCCCCACCCCCUCACCCCACCCCCACUCCCGCCUUCAUUUCCUCCAGCUCCCCAGGGAACAACCGGUUCCAAUAAAACGGGCCCCAGGGCUAGGAUCUAGACCGAAGCUUAUCUCUUAUCAGGGAAGAUAAGAACUGUGGAGGCCGGGCAGGGGCCCAGCUCCUUGGGAGGGGGAGAGAGGAGCAGCAGGGAUUGGGUCCGUCUGGCCUUACGAGCCCCGCCCCAGGAGGUAUACCCCUUCCCCUCCAGCCCACAAGCACAAUGGGGCACCUACAAACAUUUGGUUCCUGUUUUCUCAACCUCCCUGGGUUCCUGGGGUCAUCUUCCUUUCUGUCUAUGCCCCUGGACACCUAGGGUCCCAGUGAGGGGAAGGUGAUUUUCUCCUGUCCCAACCCUUCGGCAGGUAUGCAGUCCACAGGUUAGUUCUUGAAACAACAGUAGCACUUCUUUCUCCGAGUAAAGUGAGAUAAAGAGAAACCCCUAACUCCUGGAGCAGGUGGGGAGCAAACCUCACCCCAUGUGUAUCCCCCUAAACCCAAGUGCUGCCCCUCCUCUGACCACCCACGUGCUGCCCCUCCUCUGACCUCCUCUGAUCACCCUUUCUUCUCAACCAGACCCAGGGGCCCAAAGGGCCUCCCCUCCCCUCCUGCUGGGACAGGUUAGGGAAUGAGAGGUCGUCCAUUUCUGGUUAACCAGAAUACAUGUGCAAAACAGGGUCCCGUCGGUUACACUGGGGUAGGGAAAGGGGCAGCAAGGAGUUUUAUGCGGGGCCAGGGUCACCUGUCUCCCAAAGCCUUGACCCCAGCAACCGGAAGGGGCCAGGAGACCUGUAUGUCGAGACCCACAGUCACCUUCAUGCCAGUCUCCAGGACAGGGCAGGGAGGCAUGCCCUGAGAGGGAGGUGCGCACUGCACAUGUCUGAGGCUACUGCUUUUGCUUUCAAGGCAGAAAUCUUGCUGUCUGAGCAGUGUCAGCAGCUCCGACUUGGGCCCCGAUAAGGAAGCUCUCAGAGGCCUCUCCCCAGAGGAGCAGGGAGGAGCCUGACCUUGCCCCACGCAGGUCACAGGGGAUCCAGGCACACAGGCUGCUCGGGGCCUCUCCCAUUUGUGUUUUCAGAAUUAAAUUGCAGUAUUUUGGAAAGCA